AUGCAACAAGAAUAUGAUAGAUUAACAAAGCUUCGAGAGAAAAUUGAAAAACCUGUUAUACAGGAGAUGUGCAAUCGGAUUCAUCACAGCACUUAUUCGUUGGAUGACCUUGUAGAAUCAAUAGAGAGUUAUCUCGAGGAUUUCUAUAUCAAAGGUGAAAACGUGGAGUUUACACCUGGAACUGACAGGAGCGACCUUGAGAAGAAGUUUAGCGCUCGUCAUAAGCCGGACGAUUUUUGCUUUUCUUAUGAGCAGGCAAUGCAACAAGAAUAUGAUAGAUUAACAAAGCUUCGAGAGAAAAUUGAAAAACCUGUUAUACAGGAGAUGUGCAAUCGGAUUCAUCACAGCACUUAUUCGUUGGAUGACCUUGUAGAAUCAAUAGAGAGUUAUCUCGAGGAUUUCUAUAUCAAAGGUGAAAACGUGGAGUUUACACCUGGAACUGACAGAACUGUGCUUGCAAAAGUGACGGGCGUUGAAAAGAAAGGUGGAGCAGUGUUUUACACUUUGCUGUACGAUGACAAAGAGAUCGGACGAAUCAAUGGAAGGAGAUCUAAAAUUGAAGAAGGGUAUAAGAAGGAAUAUGGAAUUAAAGACAAACUGGCGCCGAUAUUUUGUUCCCAUUCAAAGUCAGCGAAUAAGAUCGUAAACACGACAGAGAGAUCUGAGAUUGCGAAGGACGAGGACUCCGAUUCUGAUACACCUCUCGUCAACUUUAUUCCACAACGAAGAAGCGGAGAUUUGACCAAGUUUGUUUGUGUUGGCAGUGUGAACGGCGAACAUAAGUCCGGCGAGGCCACCGGAACUCCUUUCUUAACGCCUCAAAAACGAAGUGAGAAAAGUUAUACGAUCACUGCAGCAGCUUGGGGUGCGAAGGUUCUCUCCGGAGUUCAGAUUGAUAAAAUCCCUCAUGAAUGUCAUAGAUUCGCAGUGAGAAAAGCUUACGACAAGGUCAAGGAUGCUGAGAUUUUGAAGAAGAUGAAAACAAAGGAAGAACGAGCAGCAUUCCGUGACAAAAUGCGCGAACAGAGGCAUCAGCAUCAGAAAAUAAUGCUGGCAAAAAUUAAGGCUUACUUUAGUCAGGAAAUUGCCGAGGAGGACAUUGUCGUGAACGAUGCGCCUUUGCCAUGUCCUGGUCGACCUGUCUCAGUUCCGAGCGGCCAGUCGUUGCUGCUAACUGAUUGCUUAGUCUUCACACAGUUCUUUUCUUCAUUGAAGAAGUUCAUCGAAGCCGAUCACAAGAUCACAGCUAAACAACUAUUCGAUGCUGUUCAUGAGGGAAGACCAGGCUUCAUGAAGUGCACAGCAAAAUUGUUCGGCUCGCUCCUAAAGACUCUGUUGCAAGAUCCAGAGUACAGGAAAUUGACUCAUUUCAAUGCUCGUCUUCACGAGUUCUCAAUUGAGGAUAAUACAGUGUCAGAACUCUGCCGUGCACUUCUCCUAGGGAGUACGGGCUCAGAAGAUGAG